AUGGCUUCCGGCCCUCCGCCGAACCCGCCUCCACAUGGCCAGAAUCCACGACCGCCCGGCGCAUCAGGCAAAUACGAAGACCUGCCAGCGGGCAACUACGACAUCUUCAUCAUCCCACCCCACUCGGCCGGCGCGGGCUUCCUGUAUCUGCCAUCCUUGGCGGUCCAGCGCAAUAGCUUCCUCGCCGGCGUCGCUUGCACUCUACUGGCCGUCGGCUUGUACACAGUAGUCGUCCCCGCGCUGCGAGACUUCUUGUCGUCUAUCAUGGCUGGCGGAGGCCUGGGUGUGCUCAUUCUGAUUGUCGGAGUCGGCGUUGGCGCAUGGGCAUUUGGCAAAACUCAAGCUGAGAACACCGGGGGACCCAGGUGGGGAGGAGGGAGCGCAAGUGGUGCAAAUCAGCAGAGCUCUGGCCCUGCAGGCGCAGGAGCUGGCCCUCGCCCUCAAGCCAAUGGCCAUGCGCCCCCUCCACAUUCAGACUCCAAGCCAUCCGCUUCGAGCGGGUGGGAAAAGGCGAAAGAGGAAACGAGAAAGCGGGAAGAGGCCCGCAAACGUGAGGAAGAAGCGAAGAAGAAACGAGAAGAAGCGCAGAAAGCGAAGGAGGAAGCAGAGCGAGCGUCAAAAGCAAAGCAAGAAAAAGACAAAUGGGAGCAAGCCCGGGCAAGAGAGAAAGAGCAACGGGAGCGAGAAGCGCGAGAGCGGAUCGCCCGCGAGCGUGAAGCACGGGAGAAAGAGCGAGCAAACACCAGCGCUCCACGAUCAAGUCCUCACAAGAGCUACGAGAAGCCCACUGCGCGCUCGUAUGCUGGCACCGAAGAUGAGUACUCAUACCGUCCGUACGACUCGCCCCGCAAGCCGGGCCACAAGUCAGCCGGCUCGUCCGUCUCAGGCGGCAGCGAAGGCAGCUACGCCGCAUCGCAGACCACCGCACGCACAACGCCCCCACCCUCUCAACGUGGCCCCUACACCACCAAAGACCCGGACAAAAUCCAGAUCAAAGCCGUCUACCUCUUCUCCGACACCUUCCCACUCAAGCCACUGGCCUCCCUAAUCUCCAACCAGGGCUCCGUAACAGAUGGUCUGGUCCUGCACAUUGCAACCGAAGGCCUCUUCAUCGACGACGACAUCCGCGGCGUGCCGCAGCGCGAAUGGGACGUCAAAGCCUGGACGCUCAAGCUGGUCGAGGAUGGGAUGACGAAGAACAAGAAGGGCGAGGGACUCCAUGUCCUGCGGGUCACGGCGCGCGAUGCCGACAACAAGAAGUACACGUUUGUGUUGGACGAGAGCGAGGCGUGGAAGGUGGCUGUUGGAUUGGCGAGGUUGCGGAAAGGAAGUCAGGUGAGGGCUUUGGGGAUGAAUGGGAUGAAGGAGGCGGAGGUUAGUGGGUUGUUGGGGAGCCUGGGAUGGUUGUGA